GCGGAGACUGUCGUCUGGUGGGACCGAGGUGCUGUCCUUAGGCGGCGCCGGCGCCUAGCGGCCCCGCCUGGGUGCUCCUGGGUGGGGCUAGCUCAUCCCAGAGAGGUGAUCCCAGGCUCGAGGGCGGGCACUAAGCGUCCAGAGAACCCAGUAAUCCGAGAAUGUAGUAUCAGCCCUUCCCACUGGGCACUUCCUUCCUUUUUCGAACUUCCAGGGAGGGAGGGCUGCAUGUUUAUAAACUCCGGCCCGGCCAGCCGACAUGUCAGAGACCGCCUCGCCCGAGCUGCGCGCUGCGGCAGGACAGAAGCGCCCAGGCUGGGAGCACAGAGAGCGGCUGGCGUGAGCGGUGCCCUGCGCUUCCCAGCAGCACGCCCAGUUGCGGCACCUGCACCCUCUUCAGCGCCAGCAAGCAGCGUGCUUAGACACCAUGCUCCCGGUGCUGAUCAUUGGGGUGUUAGCUCCCGCCAGCCUGGGGCUGCCGGCGUCUACAGAGCCACAGCCUCACGGUAGCCAGUGCGUCGAACACGACUGCUUCGCGCUGUUUAGGGGCCCCAAGACCUUCCUCUUAGCCAGUCACGCCUGCGAGCGCCGUCAGGGCCACCUGAUGACUGUGCGAUCCUCGGUGGCGGCCGAUGUCAUCUCCCUCUUACUGAGUGGCGACAGCAGUGACAACCCGCGCCUCUGGAUCGGCCUAAAACUCCCGCCUGGUUGCAGCCACCCUGGACACCUCGGGCCCUUGCGCGGCUUCCAGUGGGUGACGGGCGACAACAGCACCAGCUACAGCAGGUGGGCGCGGCAGGACGACGGGGCGCCCCUCUGCGGUCCCUUGUGCGUGGUUGUGGCAACUGCCGGUGCCCCUGCGCCGGGCGAACCUGCCUGGGAGGAGCAGCAGUGCGCUAACGAGGCCGAAGGCUUCCUCUGCGAGUUCCACUUCGCAGCCUCCUGCAGGCCACUGGGUGUGGAGCCAGGCGCUGCAGCCGCCGCCAGCAUCUCCAUUUCCUACAGCACCCCGUUUGGGGCCCAUGGCGCGGACUUCCAGGCGCUACCAGAGGGGACCUCCGCCACCGUAGCUCCUUUCGGGGUUCAGCUGGUAUGCGCCACGGCGCCUGGGGAAGCCGAGGCGCAUUGGGGCCGGGAAGCUGCAGGUGCCUGGGACUGCAGCGUGGAGAACGGCGGCUGCGAAUACAUGUGCAACGGGAGUGCGGGGCCGCCUCGAUGCCUCUGCCCUCCAGACGCCACCCUGCAGCCAGAUGGGCGCUCCUGCACCGCGGCGCCCGGGAAGCACCCCUGUCACAAACUCUGUGAGCAGUUUUGCAUCCUUAACACGACUGAACCGGGCUCCUACUCUUGCAUGUGCGCCACGGGCUACCGGCUUGCCGCCGACCAGCACCACUGCGAAGACGUGGACGACUGUCUGCAGGAGCCCAGUCUGUGCCCUCAACGUUGUGUCAACAUGCAGGGUGGCUUUGAGUGCCAUUGCAACCCUGGCUAUGAACUGGUGGACGGCGAGUGUGUGGAGCUGGAGGACCCGUGCUUCGGGUCUGACUGCCAGUACCAGUGCCAGCAGGUGGGUCAGACUGGCUACCGCUGCAUCUGUGCCGAGGGCUUCGCGCCAGUCCCCCAGGAGCCGCACCGAUGCCAAAUGUUCUGCAACCAGACCCAGUGCCCAGCCGACUGUGACCCCAACAACCCGGCUUCCUGCAGGUGCCCUGAAGGUUUCAUACUGGACGAUGACUUCAAAUGCACGGACAUUGAUGAGUGCGAUAGCGGCUACUGCUCUGGUGAGUGUCACAACCUCCCUGGCACCUAUCAGUGUCUGUGUGGACCUGGCACAGCCCUCGCUGGCCAAAUGGCCACUGACUGCGACCCAAUCAAGAAAACCACAGAGGAGGAUGGCGGUUCCGGGGAGCCUCCAGUGAGCCCAACUCCCCGCACCAGCACCACCUUGAGUCCCUCCCCAGCAAGACCUGUGCAUUCAGGCGUGCUCAUUGGCAUCUCCAUCGCCAGCCUGUCCCUGGUGGUGGCACUGCUGGCACUCCUCUGCCACCUUCGAAAGAAGCAUGGAGCUCUGAGGGCUGAGCUGGAGUACAAGUGUGGGGCUCCAGCCAAGGAGGUGGGCCUGCAGCUUGUUAGAACUGAUCUGCCUCAGAAACUUUGAGGGGCCUCUCUCCCCUCAUCCCUAGCCUGAAUUCCAGGCUGCCUUCCCUCCCCACCCCCUGAAGCACCUUAGCUGGUUAUCAGAACUGGAGAAGACUCCCCACUCCUACUUUCACUGAUUCCAUGCUUGACUAAAGGGGUGGCUGUGGUGGUGGUGGAGGAGGAAGGAGCAUGUGUCUCAUUCACUUUAGUGAUGUCACAGGACAACUGGGAAGAGAUGGCAACAUCACAGUGAAGACAGGGGCAUGGAAGGGGUGAACAUUAUUAUUCAGCAGCCUUUUGAGCAGACUGUGAUUUUGUGGGUGGAAUUGAGGGUGUAACUGAAGUGAACAAUGACCAAUAUAUUUAUUUUAAAAUUUCCCCUAUUCUUCCCUCUCCUACCUGUAAGCCAUCAAUAUCCACUCUCUGUCCCUCCUCUCUUCCCUCCCUUUAUGCUCUCUUCCUCCUCCCAUUUGUCAUAUGGCUGUUAAAGUACCUUGGGAGUUCCUCCCCAAUCCUCUUAUGCUUUUGAUGCAGAGCUACAGUUCUGUUCCUCUUCAUUCCUGCUAAUUUCCUUCCCCUGAGGAAACCUCUCCUGCUGCCCUAAGUCAGCCUACCUGUAUUUGACCCUACUUCUGUUCUUUGUUGUCUGCCUAGGCAGAAAUCCUACUUGAAACUGAAAUGAAAACACUAAAAACAAGAAUGGUUGGGCAUUUGCUUUCUCAACAGGUUUUCUAAUUUAUUCCAAAUGUGCAGAACAACAGUGUUAUAACAAAGGUUUAAGAUCUGAGAGACAUUUGUGAAAUUAAUGUUACUUGGACUGUCACAGAAAUGAAGCCCAAGGAGUUAUUUUUAUUUUUUGAAUAGUAAGCUUGGGCUUUAUUGUUGUUUUGACUGAACGGUGGUAAUGGUUAUAAGCUUGAUAAGCAGUUUUACUUCCUAUUGUUAUUGUUAUAAUUAGUUAUUAGUUAAUUUUGAUGGUGUUAAAAUUUUUUUUUCCUCAUGGUUGCUUCAAGAUUUAGACGAAGGAAACAUUUCCCAGGAGAUAGUUUAAGACAGUCAUGAACUGCAUGAUUCAUGCUGAUAACCAUUUUGAUUCUUACUGUUAUUACAAUUUAUAAGUCAAUAUAGAGCCAGCUCUACUGUAUUAUUGUUGUUAUUAGGGAGCUUACAGAAGGAGCCUGGAGGAUAUCCAGGUUGAGCUCCACUUUGAUCAGGCUUUGAGCAUUUCUUCACUUCAGAGAAAUCUUCCAGUCCUUUCCACUGUGAUGUAGCCCCUGGAUGAGAAGUAGGGGAUGGCACUGAUAGUGGGUUAGAAGUGCAGAAUCUGGAUCCCCUAUAUUCUGUGGAGGGGGAUGUGCAUUCUAACAGGAUCUUGAGGAGGUGAAGGGAACUUUGCUCUGUAUAAUUUGAAGGGAACUAUUUUAGACAACUCCAGUUUUCCAUAAUACAUUCAGUAUUAUGGAUCAGUAAUGAGUAGCAGGCCAAGUCAGGUCCUUUAUUUUCAAAGAAAAACUGAGGAAUUUUUGUUUUAUAGCUUUGAUUUCUGAUAGAAGAAAAGACUAGGUACAUAACUUUAGACAUUGCUACACAGGAUAGAGGAGAACUUUGGUUCAACUAAGCUAGGAAUGAAAUUGUGCUUCCUUGUAGGAAAGAAAUGAAUCAGAUAAAUGUCUCUUUUGUGAUGCAAAUGUUUUCCUAUGUUAUUCUGAAGACUCAGCACACUUGUACAUAGUUAUUUAUUUAUUGGAGAUAAAAUUAGAACAUGGGCAAAAACCGUAGCUUAUGACAUCACAUGUAGAAAAUAAACAUGUUAUAGUGCA